AUGGCACCCUCGAAUCACCUGGGCAAGCGCGUCAAGCUGACGCAGAUCCGCCGGCCCUUUGUCGUCGGCAGCACCGCCGUCCCCUUCUCCGACUCCAACCCAAAGCCGCCCGGCAUGCCCGAUAACCACACGCAUUCGUGGCAGGUCUUUGUCAAGGGUCUCGAGGACACAGACAUCACCUACUGGGUGCGUCGCGUGCAGUUUAAGCUUCACGAGUCCAUCCCUAAUUAUGUGCGCAUGGUCGAGGGCGAACCCGGGAAACCCUUCGUCGUCAACGAGACGGGCUGGGGCGAAUUCGACAUAACCAUCAAGCUCUACUACGUCAACGAGUCGGGCGAGAAACCGCAGACGCUCUACCACUACCUGCGCCUCCACCCGUACGGCCGCACCGAGGAAGAGAAGCAGGUCAUGCUGACGCAAAACGGCGAGGUGCGCGCCUGGAGCUACGAGGAGCAGCUCUUCAACGAGCCCUACGAGGCCUUCUACCAGCUCCUCACCGCCGGCGCCGUGCCCCGUGGCUGGAAGCCCUCGGCCGGCGCCGGCAAGGGCAAGGGCAAGAACAGGGCGCCCCCGCCGCUGCCCGCCCCCGACUGCGGCGACGUCUGGGAGCGCUCCGCCAUGAUCCCCAACCACAACCGGCCCGGUCAGCCCUUUAGCCGCGAGACGGAGUCGGCCGAGAUCAAGAAGCUCAAGGAGGCCCAGUCCAAGACGGAGGACAUGACAACGCAGCUUAUGGCCGACCUGAAGGCCAAGGAGGAGCUCCUUGGCAAGCUCAAGGCGGAGAACCAGGCCGCCGCCGCGGCUGCGCGACCUGCUUAG